AUGAAAAAAGUAUCUGAAAAGACACAAAAAGCAUACAACAAGGAAAACCCCAAAUCCUUCAAAAGAAGAGAAGAACAGAAGAGAGAAAACAGAAAAGAAAGUAGAGGGAAUUACAAAAAGGAAUACAAAAAAGAUAAGAAUGAAACAAACAAAGGAACGAAUAAAAAACUCAGAUAUGUCUUAAAAGUUGACACGGAUGGUGAGUACAAAAAUAAGAGGAAUAAAGAAAAGGCUGAUAUACAAAAAAAAAGAAAUAAUAAAAGAAGAAGUUUAUCAGUAGUUAUACCCAAUUAUGAAAAGGACAUAAUGAAUAAUAUAAAACUAGCCGAUAAAAUAUAUAAACUAUCGACUAACAAAUCAAGCGAUGAUGAUUCUUACGAAUCAUAUGAUACUAGUGAAAGAAGUACUAGUUCGAAAAAUGAAAAGAGAAAAAAUUAUUGGAAAAGCAAAAAAAUUAAAAAUAGAAGAAGCCUAAGUUGUGGGAACUAUAACUCAGAUAGUAGUAAUACUCAAAUAAAUAAAAAAUUUGAUAUUAAUAUUAAUGAGGUUCAAACAAAGUAUAAAAAUAAAAAUAUAAAAAUUAUAUAUGAUGAUGGGGGAGCUAAAAGGAUUGUAGUGAAAAAGAAAAGAAAAAAUAAGAAGGAAGGAAAACAAAAUGAAGAUAAUGAUGAAGAAGGUGAUGAAGAUGAUGAAGAUGCUGAAGAUGAUGAAGAUGCUGACGAAGACGAAGAGGAUGACGAUAUUGAAGAUGAAGAUACUGACGAUGAUGAAAAUGAUGAAGAAAAUGAUGAAGAAAAUGACGAUGAUGACGAUUAUGAUAAUGAAUGUGAUGAAGAUGAAAUUCAUAAUAAACGAAAUGUUCUUAAUAACCGUAGGGAAAAAAAAAAGAAGGAAUCAAAAGAUAAUACAAAAAAAUUAAAAAAUGGGGAAAAAAAAAGCAGUAAGUAUAAAAAAAUAAAAAGUAGGAAGAAGGAGAAAGAAAACGAAAAAAAUCCAAAAAACUUAUAUAAUGUAAAAAAAAAAAAAAAAAACAUAGCAUUAAGUGAUAGUUAUUCUAGAGAAAAUACAAAACUAAAUAUGAACAAAAUAAAAAAUAAACUACAUGAACUCAAAGAGGAUGAAGACGAAAACAAAAAACAAAAUAUAAACAAAUUUGAUAAUGAUAAAAAAUAUGUAGAUAUGAAUUAUGAAAAUAUGAAAAGAGGAAAUAAACGAUAUUCAAGUAUGUAUGAAAAAAGGAGGGUACAUAAUACUAAUGAGUAUGGAGAAAAUGAAAAAACGAUAUAUGAUCAGACUACGUGUGAUCAAAAUGAAUAUUAUCUAACUAAAUAUCAACCAAAUGAGUAUAAUCCAAACAAAUACCAUCCGAAUGAAUACAAUCCAAACAAGUAUCAUCCGAAUGAGUAUAAUCCAAACAAGUAUCAUCCGAAUGAGUAUAAUCCAAACAAGUAUCAUCCGAAUGAGUAUCGUUCAAAUGAAUAUCAUUCAAAUCAAUAUAAUACGAAUAAACAUAUGGAUGCUACAUCGAAUGCAAUUAAAAAUAUGUACUAUUCAAAAGAAAAGAAAAAUACAUUACAUACAUGCUCGGAAUAUGUUAAUAUAAAAAACAAAGAAAUGAACAAUAAGCUUUUUCUUAAUAUAAAAGAAUUUAUUUUCAAAAUGCAUUUAAAUCUCGAAAAUAUUAAAGAAAUGAUCAAAAAUAAGAAUGAUUAUUUGUUAACAACAUUUCAGUCAUCUUAUCAUAAUAUUGUAGACUAUUGUAAAAAAAAUGAGGUACAAAAAGAGAAUUUUUAUAAAAUAAUAUUUCAAGAUUUGUUUAGUUUAUUAAAUGAAUUUAUUAUGGUGGAUGAUUACACCAAGAGGUUUUUUUUUAGUGUUGAAAGAGAUGUGAGACAAAAAUGUUUGGAAAAUAUAAAAAGUGAAUUUUAUAAUUUUAUAAAUAAAUUUAUAAAUCCAAAUGAGAAUAACAAAAAUGUAUUAUCUUCACAAUGUAAAAAUGAUGAAUGGUUAGUUUCAUCGGAUAGAUACAAAAAUAGUACGAUGAAUAUACAAGAAAUGCUCACAAGUAAACAAGAGAAACCUAGUAAUAUAUUUUCCACAAUAUCUAUGUUACACAGUAAUGCUACUAAUAAUAGUCAUGUUAAUGUGAUGAAUUUUAACAACGAUACAUCUUAUAAUCAAAAUAUUAGAUAUACAAAAAACUCCUUAUCCAGUUUGCAUAAUAUAAAUAAUGAAAAUAUGGUUAAGAGUGAAAUUUUAAAAAUUGAUCGUUUGAAUAACGACUUGGUUCUGAAACUUAACAAAUCAAGCAUAUUUCAAAAUACAAACGAUGAAAAUAUUAAUGUAAUAGAAUAUUUAAAAACUCUUGUAAAAAAUGAAAAAGAAAAAUAUGUUAAAUUAGAAUUUUUAUAUGAUGAAAUAAAACAAAAGUAUGAUUUACUUCAAAAAAAAAGAGAAGAUGAUAUAUAUUAUAAACAAUCACAUAUAUCGCAUAAUAAUAAAAUACAUGAAGAGGAAAAUUUAUCUUUUUUUGAAAAAUUGUACAAGAGCCAAUCUAUUAUAAAAUACGAAGAACAGAAAUUAGAAGAUUCUUCCAAAAAGAUUGUAGAAGAAAGCUUGAAACUUAGCAAAAUAAAAGAAAUUAACGAACAAAAUAAGAAAGAUUUAGAAAUAGAAAAAGAGUUAAUAAAAAAAGAAAACGAGGAAAUAGUAAAUGAAAAUGAAUUAUUAAUAAAGAAAAAAAAAGACAUGGAAAAUGAUAUACUAGUUAUACAACAACAGAAAAAAGAUAUUGAAUUGGAAAUAGAAUUGGUGCAGAAAAAAAAGGAAAACAUGCAAAAGGAAAACGAACUCUUAGAUGACGAAAAAAAAAAAUUGGAUGAGGAAAAUGAACUCUUACAUGACAAAAAAAAAAAAUUAAAUGAGGAAAACGAACUCUUAGAUGACAAAAAAAAAAAAUUGGAUGAGGAAAACCAACUGUUGGAUGACAAAAAAAAAAAAUUGGAUGAGGAAAACCAACUGUUGGAUGACAAAAAAAAAAAAUUGGAUGAAGAAAAUAUUCUUUUGGAGGAAAGAAAGAAAAAAAUGGAUGAAGAUAAUAUUCUCUUGGAUGAGAAAAAAAAAGAAAUAGUUAAUGAUCACAAUAUGUUCAUACAAACAGAACAUAAUUUAUUAAAUGAAAAGAAAACCAAAAUACAAGAGGAUUCUAAUAUAAUUGAAGAAGAAUUAAAAGAAAUGCAUAGUAAAAAAAUAUUACUGGAAGAAACAAAAAUAAAAAUAGAAAAUGAUGAAAAUGAUAUAAAAAGAAAACAAUCACAGAUAGAAAAUAUAUAUAGAAGAAAUAGUAUGAUGAUUGAUAAUAUAAAUUCAUAUUCAUAUAAAUCCAAUAUAAAAACGAAGACAUUCAAUUUCGACAAUAAUAUAGAAGAAGAAGAUAAAAUAACACAAAAAAAAAAUACUAAAAUAUAUACUGAUGAUAUAUCAAAUAUGUUGACGAAAAAUAAUAAAUCCAGUAUUUACAGUAUAAAUAGUGAAAAGGAUAUAAUAAUAAAUGAACAAGAAAUAUAUAGUAAUAAAAAUAAUACUUUUAAUAAUGAUAUAGAAAAGGAUCAUACGAAUGUAAUGGAAAAUAAUAAUUUCAAUAAUAUAUCAUACAAAAAAUGUCAAAGUAAAAUUUAUGAUAUAAAUGAUAGUAAUAAUAAGUUUCUUAUGGACACAGAAAGUAUUAUAAAGAUCCAAAAUGAUAUUAAUGAAAAGGUAAUGUUACUUAAACAAAGAGAGGAAAUAUUUUAUGAAGAAAAAAAAAAUUUUGAAAAAGAAAAAAAUGAAUUACAUUUAUUAAAAGAAAAUGUUUUAAAUAAAAUGAAUAUUAUAAAAGAUAGAGAAAAUGAACUUAAUAAAAAAGAAGAAGAAUUAAAAAAAAUGAAAGAAAUAUUAUUAAGUAAAGAAAAUAUCAUAAAUUAUUCAUUAAAUUCAUCUAAAAUAAAUAAGGACAAAUUGGAAUAUAAUAAAUUAGAAGAUGUCACGAAAAAAGGAGACAUCAAUAUGUCAACAAUGAAAAGUUUUAAGUCUCAUUUAAGAGAUACAAAUAAUAUCGAACCAUUUAAAAACCAUAUCAAUAAUGAUAAGUUGUAUGGAGAUAAUAUAUUAUCUUAUGGAAAUAACUUAUCACAUGAUAACAAUAUGAAGUAUGAUAGUAACUUAUCGUGUGAUAAUAAUAUGUCACAUGAUAAUAACAUGGCACGUGAUAAUAACAUCUCUCAUGAUAAUAAUAUAUCUUAUGAUAAUAACCCCUCGUAUAAUACACAUAUGAAAUUAAGCGAAUUAGAGGAGAAUAACGAAAAUAAAAAUAAAGAUAAAAUAGAUUAUUAUGAUAAAGAUAAUUUUGUUGAUAGAAAUAAUAUCAUUAACAAUAACAACUUUAAUAUAUCAAAAAUUUCAAAUGAUAGCAUUUCAGGAAAUAUGGAUAUGAAUGAAUUACAUGAUAAUUUAAAUAACAGUUUGAAGGAAAUAGAAAUCUAUAAGAGUUUAUUAAAAAGUAGAGAUUCAGAAAUAAAUACAUUAAAAUUAAAAAUUGAAAAACAAAGGACUGAAGAAAAGUGGAAACAAAAUAAUAUAAACCAAUUAAAUGAUAUCAGUUCUGAUAUGAAUAAUAUAUAUAUUAAUGGAAACAUAAGUAAUGGAGUGAAUUAUGACACUUCAAUGCAUGUACUUGAGUUACCAGAAAGGAAAUUUUUGAAUUUAUCUGAAGUGGAAGAUAAUGAAAAAAUAAAAAGUAUCCUAAGUAAUGAACUUGUAUCAUUAUAUAAAGAAAUAAAUAAUAUCAAAGAAGAAUAUAAUAUAAAUGUACUCAAGAAAAAUGAAUUUAUUGGAAAUCUUCUACUUAAUUUUUUAAAUGAUUUAAGAAAUAAUUAUAGAUUAAAAGAAAAUUACUAUGAAAAAGAGGUUCAUAAAAGUCAAAUAAUUAUAAGCGAAAGGGAGGAUUACAUAAAGGAACUUCAGAAUACAUUGAAUGAAAAAAAGUUGAAAGAAAUAUCUUAUAAAAAGAUGCUGUUAAAAAUGAAUCAAAUAAAUGACACAUAUAAAUUAAAAAACAAAAGAAGUUUAUCUACUGUCGAAUUAUUAAAACAAGAUAUAAAAUUUCUGAAUGAAGAUGUUUUAAAAAAAAAUGAAAUGAUUAAAAAAUUUGAAGUAUCUAAGUGA